AUGGUCGUAGGCGAGUACCGUAUCUUGGUUGGUGUACAACAGGAUGAUGGCGGUGUUAUAACCCGUGGUUGCUUAAAAGCGGAUCAAGACUGUACUGGCGGCAAUUGCAUAUCAUGUGAUACGGAUAAAUGUAAUAAUCACAAUAUAUGUAAGAAAUGUACCACCGAUGAUGCCGAUUGCUCCCAGACCGAUGUAUCGGAUAAAAAAUACAAUGACAUCUGUACAGCAGCGGAUACCCAAUGUUUUGUUAAUGUCAAGGAUAAGAAGGUUGAACGGCGUUGUGCCGCGGCAGAUGACAGCUGCAGCAGUGACACCACCUGCAAGAAGACUACCGGCUCUCUAAGUAAUGCCGGAUUAUUUCCAAGCAAACGUAUCCAUUGUUAUCAGUGUGCCGUCAACGGAUGUUCCGAUGUCACGGCAAAUAGUGUUGCGUCCAAGCCGUGCCGAAAUUAUAUCGACAACGAUGUGUGCUAUAUGACAGCCGAAAGUGCCACAUCCGUUACUCGUGGCUGCAAGUCCGAUGACACAUCCAAGUGUAGCAGUGGAUCGGAACAAGGUUGUGUUACCUGCAGCACAGACAAUUGCAACAAUGCCCUCUAUGAAAGGCAACAAAAAUUGAAAUGCAUUCAAUGUCAGGGUAGCGAUUGCUUCAAGGAACAACCCACCUCAGAGGCCAAGGAUUGUGAAAAGAAAAUCUUGUAUUCGGAUAAGGAGGCGUGUUAUACCCUAUUGGCGGAUGAUACCAUUCAACGGAAUUGUUUGCACAAUGAUGCCGCCGUUAAGGAGAAAUGUGAAAAGGCCGGUGAAUCAUGCAAGGUGUGCAGUGAUUCGGAUGGCUGCAAUCGUAGUGCCGAAACAUCGAAUUUCCAGUGUAUUGUUUGUCGCAGCGAUGAGACUCCAGAGUGUUGGAAUGAUGCCGCGAAAGUUAGUGGCAAAAAUUGUCGAACCGGUGCUAGUUCUCCUGAGGAAGGAUGUUUCCAUGGUAUUUGGAAUGGCGUAGCCAUACGUGGCUGUUUUAUUGAUGCCGAUGCCAAAACCCAAACCACCUGUGCCGAUAAGAACAACAAUCAAUGUCAGUUGUGCCACAGCUCAAAAUGUAACACUGAGAAGUCAUCUGGGGCCCAAAGUCUUGGUGUCUUUAUUGGACUUAUUAUGGCCAUGCUUUCGGUUAUUUGGUAUACGAAUUAA